AUGGUAGGCGAGAAGGAAUGGGAGACAUGUUACCAUUCGACACCUGCCGGCUAUUUUACCGGGUGUCGCCGUGCCGCCAGCUUUCCUUUCUUCGGAGAUCAUACAUUGGUCCCUAGCAGCGCUCUCAAGGUACGAUCACAGAGCGAAUCUGAAGGAUUGAAUAAAAUACGAUUCAGCCAGAUCAACUUGGAUGCUCUUCGCAAUCGUCCCCGAGAGAUCGUUGAAGAAUGUGAUGAAGCAAGCGACUGCGAAUCAGACUCGAGCUCGUCCACAUCCGACGAAUGUGACGCGUCCGGAAAGGGACAAACGGUUACCGAGCAGAUCCUUGAAGUACCGUGUAGAACCCCGAAAUCGGUCCGCUUCGCUGAUGAUUGUGGUAAAGAACUGUAUUCUGUUAGGGUUAUGACCGAGCCCAGUGAUUAUCCGCCUCAAAUCAACCCAAGUGUCCUAAGAAGACUACGAGGUGAUUCCUAUGUAGAAGAAGCAGCUCACAGUGAUCCAGUUCCAACAUGGAAUUUAUUAUUCAAACAACCUGCCAGUGAAUAUGUGCGAUUCAGGGAAACCUUAGCAAAGGAUCGUGUUUCGCUUGAGAACGUGGUGGUGAAGCCGGAUUCGUCAAAGAUUACUGGCACAAUCAAGGUGAGACUCGUUGAAAAAACCCCAAUAACUUCUGAAGACUAUUGCCAUAGGAACUCUGGAACCGUGCCAAUACUUUGGGGUGGGGAUCUCACCAUUUCUUGGGAAAACUCGGAUUUGGGCAGAUUCCAGUGA